AUGCGCCUCACGUCCAUCCUGUCCCUGGCUCUCCCGAUCUUAUCCCUGGCCUCAGAUCACCAUCGACUAGUAAAGAGGGACGAGAUAGUGUCUGCAGGUGGAAAGCUAGAUGGCGAUCUCUCCACCACCACGGACGGCGGCGCAAGCGAAGGCACGGUGUUCAACGGCAAGCGCUCGGGAUACUGGCUGGUUGAGUUCUUCAGCCCGUACUGCCAUCACUGCAAGCAGUUCGCACCGACAUGGCAGACCAAUUACGAAUUCUACUAUACAUCCGAGCCUGUACCUCAAACGACGGGGUCUGGAGAAAGCCACGAUGACAUGAACAGCUUCACACGCUUCUACGACUUCAAAUUCGCCAAGGUGGACUGCGUCGCAAAUGGCGAUGCGUGUAAUGCAAAGAAGAUUGGCUCGUUCCCCACAGUCGUGUUGUUCAAGGAUGGCGUGGAGGUCGAUAACGUAGUAGGUGGAGUUAGCAUGGAGGCGUUGAGUCAACGAGUGGAAAAGGUGCUGGAGACAAUUCGGCCAGGAUCCAGACCGCAGGAUGGAUUAAAGCUACCCAAAGUGGGAGACAAGGCUGUUGAUAUUACUUCUCCGACCCUACCACCAGCUGCAACAGCGCCUGCAGCUGCGCCCAAAACAUCAAAACCCAAGGUUUCGCCCAACCCGGACGGAAAAUCAGUUGUCUUAGUACCCGACACCUUCGAGUCAAAAGUUACCCGCACACGACAGCCUUGGUUCAUUAAGUUCUACGCGCCCUGGUGUCAUCAUUGUCAGGCAAUGGCUCCCAAUUGGCAGGGCAUGGCUCGUCAGAUGGAGAACAAGCUCAAUGUUGGAGAAGUGAAUUGCGAGGCUGAAAAGACACUCUGCAAAGACAUGAAGAUUCGCAGCUAUCCUACGAUCCUUUACUUCCGCGGUGGUGAGCGCAUUGAGUACGACGGACUUCGUGGUCUGGGCGAUCUUUUGAGCUUCGCAAACAAAGCUGUGGCCGCGGCAGAAGGUGUCGUGGAUGUGACAGCCAGUUCUUUUGAGGCUCUUGAGAAAAAGGAGGAGGUCAUUUUCCUGUACUUCUACGACCAGGCUACUACUAGUGAGGAUUUUGCCGCGUUGGAACGCCUCGUACUGAAUCUUGUCGGUCACGCUAAGCUCGUAAAGACCAAGGAUCCGGCGCUGAGCGAACGGUUCAAGAUCUCUACAUGGCCACGAUUGCUCGUCUCGAGAGAUGGAAAGGCAUCAUACUACAAUGGACUCUCACCUCGCGAAAUGCGCGAUGCCAGAAGAGUGCUGGAGUGGAUGCAAAGCGUCUGGUUGCCUAUCGUACCGGAGGUGACAGCAGGGAAUGCGAGGGAGGUUAUGGAUGGCAAGCUGGUUGUGCUGGCCAUCUUGAACCGAGAGAGGAAAGAGGAAUUCCUCAGCGCGAAACGAGAGAUCAAGAACGCUGCGUUGGAGUGGAUCGAUAAGCAGACCCAGGCUUUCCAGCUUGAAAGACAGGAACUACGGGAUGCCAAGCAAUUACGAAUUGAGGAGGCCGAGGAUCGCAACGAUCAGCGCGCGUUGCGUGCUGCAAAACAGAUUCGCAUCAACAUGGACGACAUAGAAAGAAGAGAGGUUGGAUUUGCGUGGGUUGACGGUGUCUUUUGGGAGCGAUGGGUCAAGACUACCUUUGGCAUCUCCGUUCUUGAUGGCGAAAAAGUUGUGGUAAACGACGAGCGGAAUCACAGGUAUUGGGAUGUCACGAUGACAGGGAACCCAAUUGUACCGAGUCGAACGAGUAUCUUGGAGACCCUCCCAAGGAUUGUGGCAAAUCCACCAAAAAUUCAGCCCAAGAGGACGACGAAUGCGUUAGGGCACUUAUGGUGGGUUCUCAAGGGCUUGGUUGUUGAGCAUCCGGUCGUGAGUCUCGCAAUGGCUCUAGGUAUGUGUGGAAUUGCUGGAUGGUAUGGUCGAAGGCAUGUAAGGAAUGUAGUGCCCGGAGUGGGAGGCGGGUACAUCAAGUUGGGAGAGAAGGGUGGGAUGGAUGGCCUACUGGGAGGCAACUCCGGUGGUCAGGGAAAGGUGGAUUGA